AAUGUAAAUGCAAUUUAGAUUUGAUCUUUACUGUGAUCCAUAAUAAGACUAUUGGUUAGACCAGUGGUUUUCAAACUGGGGGCGCGAGAUGGUGCCAGGGGGGCCCCAGUUUUAUGACAUUUUAUAAAGUACAUUAAUUUAUCAUGAAUUCUGUGUAAUUAAACCUAAAAAAUAAUAAGCCAACUAACCAACAGCACUACUAGGUAUAAUUUUAUAUGUUUUGUUUAAUUAAAAUAUUACAUUUUAAAACUGUUUUUGUCAUAAAUUUUCUUUCUGGGGGCCGCGAAAAAAUGCACUGUACACAAGGGGGGCCGCACGCUGAAAAAGUUUGGGAACCUCUGGGUUAGACUAUACUGGUUAGGUUUAGUAAUUGUAUAUGCUGUAGGUUAUGUGCAACAAACUUCUGUAUUUUGUAUAUAGAGCUGCUUUACUCAAGAUUCUUUCAAAGAAGCUACAAUAGCUUAGCUAAAUACCUUAAAAUGCGAUCUGUUUUUCACGUGAAGCUUGGCACGUUUAUGCUUUUGGCAGACACUUUUAUUCCAAAGUGACUUAUACAAUGCAUUCAAGCUACAUUUUUAUCAGUAUGUGUGGUAUGCUUUCUAUUGUUGUUAACUAGAUACAUAUUUGGUGUAUGCUGUGGCAUUGAAAAAGCAGCGGGCUUUUACCCCCAACCAUGAUCUCUGCAAAUAAACCCAGCUCUGCAUGUGGCCUGGCGCACAUCUGUCCACAAGGACUCAUUUUCUUCACAGAGUUUUAAUUGUGUUAAACCCAUCAAACUGAACCGGCCGACCUCGCGUUUGUGAGUCAUAUGCACAAAGAAAGGGUGAAUAGGGAUAUUCUCCUGUCCUCAAAUUUGAGGAGACACACUGUCUGAAGAUAAAUGCUGCUUCCCUAAGUGCCCUGCUUUCUCUAGAGACUGAAACCGUAUAUUUGUGAAUGGCACAUCUUUUGACUAUCAGACUUUGUGUCUUUGUCCCCACUUCUUACCUUAUCCAGGGGCCCAUCUUGAUCUAUACAUUCCCAUUCGCUGUUUCAUCGCAGGAAUCUUAAAGGCCUUUUGUACGACUUCUCUCCAGUGUGAUGUUUUUGGGAUUUGGUAGCAUGUGUCGGUUCAUGGGUGAGGACUUUGGUAUUAUUUUGGUAUUAUUAUCAGCUUGACUCAACUAUGUUCUCUAAUCUACAUGGCAUUGCCACUUCAUGAAUAGGUUGGGGAUUGUCCAGACCCAUGAUUCUUCACCAUUUCUACAAGAGACUGCACAAGGAUCUUCUUGUCAUUUGGAAGCUUCUUUCAAUCUAAAUGAGGCUCAUUACUGCCAUUUUGUUCAAGGGAAACAUUUUGAAGAUUGUGUUUUGGGUCUGUUUUGGCAAAGGUGAAUGAGACUGACCUUAAUCACAGGGUGCAUUUAUAAGAGGCAGUCUGGCACAGAUCGAGCACAUUAGGUAACUACUGAAGGCAAUCCUUCAUGGCUGCCUGGCAGUGACAGCGAAGUAUUACCUAACCUGCAGCGAGUGUAAAAAUGAAGCCUAUUUUGAAACCCUUCAUCUCCAAGCAAAACUCAAAAGCCACUGGAGUUGUGGCUCAUGUAGGUUGUCUACAAACCAAAAGGUUGGUGGUUCAAUUCCCAGCUCCACCUGACCAAGUGUCGAGGUGUCCUUGAGCUGGAUGGCGCCUUGCAUGGCUGACACCGCCAUCGGUGUAUGAAUGAGUGAGUGAAUGGGUGAAUGCUUUGGAUGGCCAUAGGUCUGGUAAAAGUGCUAUAUAAAUGCAGUCCAUUUACAAUUUACCAUUCAAAACCAAACAUUUUAAGAAUGAGACCAUGACCUUGGACUGUGUAUGAAUCCUUGUAGUUUUAUCAUUUAUUUUUGCUAGGUAAAUAAAAUAAAUAAAUAAAAAUCAGGUAAAAGCUAAGAAAAUGGUCUUCCCUUGAGAGGCUGGUAAUUUAAAAGUCAAUGUCUGACAAGCACAGAGAGCUUUUGUCCUCUCUUUUACAAUGCUAUCACCAAAAAAGGCCUCAGCAGGCUGGCUGACCAAAGAAUCGAGGGGGGUUAGUGUCUACCUGUGGAUCUAUAAAGCAGCUCUUGUGCUCACCUACAUGAACAUUUUAGGAUUUUUCAUCAUUAACCUGCAGAAGAACCACACAGGAACCAUGCAAACCCUUUCCUAAAGACUUAAACCAAACCUUUCUUCGGGAACCUGCACCGUGCAAUGGCAGCUGUUGGUUUUCUCUUCAUCCUUCUACCUUUGACAUGGGCUUGCGUACCACAAAAAGCUGAUUAUGUCAUGGUGUCAUGUUUUCCCAAUGCCAUCAUUGCGAACGUGCCAGAGUGUCCAUAUGGAUGGGAAAUCGGUCAGCUGUCUCUUGGCGGUGUGUGUUAUAAUGGAAUCAACACUCCGGGUUUUUAUCGUUUCACUAUACCGGACCUCACACCAAAAAAUCACUCUUACUGCGGUACCCUGUCUGAGUAUGUAGGAGGCAAAGACCCACGGUACAUAUUUUACAACUCAAUAGUAUCCAACGAUUCGUCCCUGACCGUCAGGAACCAGCCUGUAAACUACACCUUCAGUUGCACCUACAAAGCAGCUUAUCUGGUCAACAAUGCCGUGUUUAGUCAAAGAGUGGCAACAGUUUAUGUCAACAAUGGGAGUUUAGGGUCAUUUAAGUCUCAGUUGUCUAUGAACGUGUUCACAAAUUCCAAGUUUUUGUAUGCGAAGGAUGCGCCGUAUGUGAUUGACACGUCUGAGAUCGGAUCAGAGGUAUUCAUUGGCAUUGAAGCUAAAGGACUGAGUAACAGGUUCAAAGUAGUCAUAACAAACUGCUGGGCAACACCUACACCUUAUUCAACAGACAGGAAAAGGUGGACUUUAAUUCUGAACAGUUGCUCUUUAGACAACACAGUCACCAUAUUUGAAAAUGCCAAAGACAGCAGGUCCAUGUUUAAGUUCAACUCGUUCCGCUUCCAGCGGCUGGAGAAAGUGUCCACUGUUUGGCUGCACUGUGAGGUGCAAGUGUGCGAUGGGGAAAAGCUGUUCUGUCAACCAACUCCAUGCACAUCGAGAAGUACAGAAUUCGAACCUGACCCAAAUGGAGGCAUCCUGACCAUGGAGUUUCAAGUCAGAGCACAACUCUCCUCAAGUUGCAUGCAUCUUGCAGGCCCAUUUGUGUGUCUGCUGCCCAUACUUCUACUAAAUGAAUUUUUAAGGUACUUCAGUUUGUAACGAGGCCAAAUAUGGGUCACUUCUAAAUGCAAUGAAACACACAUUUGCACU